GAAGACACAUUUAUGCUUUAGAAGCCUAAGAAGAAAAAAAGAGAGACUGAGAGACAUAAUGGUUACAUUUAGAUGGAUAAAAAUGUUUCUGUUCUUUGUACUCAUGCUUCAGUUUGGAGGAGCACUAAGUGGAGAUCUUUCGCUCUCCUUCACUGUCAGAGAUGGAGAUAAAGUCACUUUGCCUUGUCAAAAUCUAAUCAACAAUCAUCACAACUGUGACACUACCACCUGGAUCUUCACUGAUUCAAGAGGCACACCAGCAGUAGAGCUGGUUAAUCUUGGACAGAUCAAAGAAUCAGACCGACUGAGUGUUACAGCAGAAUGCUCACUGGCUAUAAAGAAGGUCACAGCUGAGGAUGUUGGUCGUUACACCUGCAGACAGUUUCAAAGCAAAUCAGGGACACAGCAAGGUCUAGAUGCUGUGGUUUAUCUGUCUGUUGUUCACAUGACUGAACAGAAGACAGCUGAUGAGGUGACUUUAAACUGCUCUGUGUGGACAUAUGAAAGGUGUAAACACAAAGUGAAGUGGAUCCAUAACAGUGAAGCUCUGGAUAUAGAUUACUCAAAUUUAAAAACAUUGGAGUCUCCCUGCUCUGCUACUGUGACUUUUCUGAAUGAUGCAUACACUCAUAUAUCGACUUAUGACUUUAACUGUAGCGUAACAACAGAAUUUAACAAAGAGCAGCUUUUUACCUUCAGUACUCAGUCAUCAGGAGCACUAAGUGGAGAUCUUUCACUCUCCUUCACUGUCAGAGAUGGAGAUAAAGUCACUUUGCCUUGUGAAAAUGUGGUGAAGAAUCAUCAUAACUGUAACGCUACCAACUGGCUCUUCUUUGAUUCAAGAAGCACACCAGCAUUAUCUUCACCAGUGACUGAACAGAAGAACACUGAUCAAGUGACUUUAAACUGCUCUGUGUGGACAUAUGAACGGUGUGAACACAAACUGAAGUGGAUCCAUGACAGUGGAGGUCUGAAUAGAGAUUACUCAAACAUAAAAACAUUACAGUCUUCCUGCUCUGCUGCUGUUACUUUUAUAAAGUCAUCAUACAGUCACAUAUCUAACUCUGACUUUAAGUGUAGCGUAAACAAAGAGCAGCUUUUUACCUUCAGGCCCCAGUCAUCAG